AUGAAUGUCGAUGACCUUCGCCUGCUCUCCACGCAGCUUGGCAAUUACGCCAUUUCUGGCGCCCUUCAUUACAUUGCAUGUGUCCGAGGCAAACGAUACCAUGCGAUCAAAGCUCAAGCCAUGGGUUACCAAGCAAUUCUUCAAAGCUGUGAAGAUGCCAAUAGCAGUGAAGUCUGUCACACCGACCGUUUCAAGAUGACGGGUCACGACUUUUCCUUCCUCACGGUCAAACCAACGGAGCAAACAGUCAGCUCCAAGCCCGCCAUGAGUAUGUCGAAGGUGAGAGUACUGCGGAGUGAGGACUCAACUGGUCAGGUCAGCCCCUCCGGCCGCACGAGCAUCAGUUAUGAGCCAAGACCUUCCCCGGAGGCUGUCAGUGCACAGCCAGCAGCAGCAACGUCCUCCCCUCGCUCAUCGCUGGAUGAUAGUGCAAAGAUUAAGCAGUCGUCGCCAACUGGCAAUGCGUCGGUGUCGGUUUUCCCGCCACUUCCGAUGACAGAUGCCGACAACACAUCAUUGUAUCUGCGCCAGUUUCUCAUUGUUUCGCUCAACCAGGCAAAGGAUCGUUGGUUUCUGUUGCAAACAGAACAAUCCAUCCUUGGGCACCUGACAUCGAAGCAACACAUGGCACCGCUCAAGAUCUCCACGGCCACGUCAUACCAUCGCAUGCUGGUGCACCGCGUUGCUGCCUUCUUCCGCAUGGAUUACCUCACCAACCAUUUAGAGUCGGGCGUCAUCCUCCAAAAGACCGCCAAAACAAGGCUGCCAGGCGAACGCUUCAAGGAGCUUAUUCAGAUGAAGAGUGGCAGUGGUGAGGGUGACGACAGCACGGCCAGUGCGGCGCCAACUGUCGGCAUUUCGCCUCGUGUUAUUCUCAAGCGGCAGGACGCGCCCAAUGCAUCCAUUGGUGCCGGCAGCGGCUCUUCCUCGCCUACUGCUAACCAGUCGAACCAGAACGGUGAUAAGCGCAGGCUGAAAACAAUCAAAGAGCGCGAGGCCGAGUACGAGGAGCAUCGCAAGCGUAUCUUCAGCCAGCACCCUGCGAUAUCCACUGCCGGGGAGUCGUCAACUGGCAGCACGGCCGUGACCACUUCAUCAGGGUGUCGCGCUACGUCGUCCGCUAAUUUCGCAGCACGCGCUCCGAACACAGUGGUGCCCGCCUCGGCGUCAACAUCGGCGCCUCGCAACAAUUCCGAUCAAGUUGUGGAUGCUCUGGUUGACAUGGAUUAUGACCGCUCUCUGCCGCUUACCUCCUCCGACACGUCGCUGGCUGGUGUCCUCGGCGUCGUUGCUAGUGGAUCGGCCAACUGCGGAAAACCACCUGGAAUGCGUUCGCAAGGGCUCGGUGAAGCUCUGCCCGUAGCUUCAUCAGUCGCCAUCUCUGGUCUCCCUGGGAGCUCAGAUGCUUGCAGACCUUCGUUUGCUAGUCUUGUCGAAAGGAACAAGCAAACUCCCCGAUGUCCGAAUGUCAUCCGACGUCGACCUAACGGAAGUCAAACCAUCCGAUGUCAAACAUCCGAUGUCGACCAACCUGACGACACUCCACCUGACGUCACGAUUGACCCUCUGCUGGAUUUCCGGUAUGUGUCGGAGAACAACACAAACGCCAUUCCGAUCGGGAGGAUGGGCACCAUACUAAUUUUGGAUGGUGCCAUGGUUAAGUUCCCUCCUGGUGCGGUGAACGAGGAAACAACAAUCUCUCCACCGCAGCACCUGGUGUUCGAAGAACGGCUGCGAAUCGCGAAGGGCGCUCAUGUCACACUGCACUGUCUGAUGGGUCUGCAGCCUCAUGGAAUGCACUUUCGGGAACCUGUGGAAGUUGAGAUUGACGUGCCAGGCCUGACAUGGAGGAACCAUUCGUACGUAAACUUUGCACUCUUCG